UUUUGUCCUUUUAAUGCCGCAGAAAUGGAACUUAAACCGGAGUGUUUCAAACGUUACAUCUGCUCGUUUCCCGACUGCUCGGCCUCCUAUAACAAGCAGUGGAAGCUGGACGCUCACUUGUGUAAACACACGGGAGUGAAGCCGCACUCAUGUGAGCACGACGGCUGCGGUAAGUCCUUCUGCAGCCCCUAUCACCUGGCCAGGCAUGAACUCAGUCACAGCGGGGUGAAGCCCUUUCAGUGCAGUGAGGAGGGCUGUUUAGAGGCCUUCACCACCAACGCCAACCGGACCAGGCACAUCAGCCGCGUCCACUCUCAGGAGCACAAAAAAUACGUGUGUAAAUUUGAGGGCUGUGGGCUCGAGUUCAAGAAGAACAAGCAGCUGAAGUCCCACAUGUGUGAGCAGCACACUCAGCUGCCAUCCUACCAGUGCACUUAUGAAGGCUGCCACAUGCGAUUCACCUUCCCAAGUAAGCUGAAGCGACACGAGAAGGUGCACAGAGGGUAUCCCUGCAAGGACGAGGGCUGCGCCUUCACAGGGAAGACCUGGACGGAGUACCUGAAGCACAGGAAGGAGCAGCACAGGCUCCUCCUGAGGUGUGAUCGCUGCACCAAGGUGUUCAGGGACUCUUGGUUUCUGCGGCAGCAUCAACGCAUCCACUCUGAGACGAGAGUAGUCCUCAAGUGCCCCAGAGAUGGCUGCGACAGGUCAUUCACCACAGCCUUCAACCUGCAGAGCCACAUCAGCUCCUUCCACGAGAAGCUGCGGCCCUUCGCCUGCAUCCACGCCGGCUGUGGGAAGACCUUCGCCAUGAAGCAGAGUCUCCAGCGUCACAGCAUUGUUCACGACCCGCAGAGGAAGAAGCUCACCAAGCCAAAGUCUAAGAGAUCUCUCGCCUCCAGGUUAAGCGGUUACAGCGAAACAAAGCGGGUGAUCUACAAGAAGCGACGGGAGCCUGAAUCACACAGAGGGUCUGCACAGAAUAACACACAGCCGCCCGGUCCUGUUGAGUUGGUGUCCCUCCUGCAGGACACUUCUUUGCUGUGCAGCCCUGCGUUGGACACAGAUGGACUUAUCAACGCCCUCGCUACACCUUUACAAGAGCAUUUAUAGUUUUUGUCAUUUUUAAAAUGGUUUUUGGAAGUCUUGUUGCAUAAAGUUUGUGCUGCACCCAAAGUAACCAUCUAAACGUGCAAAUGAAAGGAUCUGUGCUGAUAUUCAGGACUUAAGACUGUAUACAACUUUCCUUGAACUGAAUCUCAAAUGAAGAAGUGAAUGGUUCUGAAGCCAUUAAAUUAUGUUUGUGUGAUUUGUAUUUAAAAUAAAAAUAUAUAUACAUAUAUAUUGCACAAUAGCUGAAAAAAAAAGAAAUUUAUUUAGUCUUUAUUUCAGUGUUUUCCUGUCUCAUAAAUCAGUCGAAGCUAAUGUGGUGUUCUGUCUGGGUGCCUGGUUUCAGGAUUUUUAUCAGUUUUGAUUGAUUAAUUUCUCUUUUGCCGUAUUUAUAUAACUCCAAUUUUUACAAAAUAUACAAUUAACUGCUGUGUUAAUAAUGGUUCUAUAACAGAACCGUUUACUAUAAAACGAGAUCGUGCUUAUACUGCUGAGCAGGAUACUUUACUGAUAAUGACAUUGGACCUGUUUCCUUCAAUAUAUUCUGAAACUUGUGAAAUAAUCUUGAAAUGUGUGUAGAAUGCCAUGUUUGUAAAUGAUGUUGGGAUGCAGUGUAGUCCAAUAUUGGUAUGUCAGCCACGUUGAUCCAUAUAUUGAAGCUUUGGUCCAGUAAACAGUAAUGUUUG